AUGGCUGCUGCUGCUGCUGCUCUCGACGCAGGGCCGCGGCUGCGACAUCCCGGCGGUGACGAUGAUGGCGCCAGCAUCUCGACCUCGGCGUCGGCAGCGGCCACGGCGACUGAGGACACGCCACUGCUGCGCUCCGAGACGGCCAGCUCCCUCACGGCCCGCGACGCCUCGCCCGCGCCGCUGCUACCGCCGCCUAUCGGCAUCGUCGGCGACGGCGACGGCUUGCCGCCUGGCUACGCUAUGGGCCGCGGCCAGACGGUUUGCAUCGUCCUGAGUAUGUGGGCGCUGAUCUUUUUGCAAGCCAGCAAUAUGAGCGGCAUCACGACGACGCAGUCGACCAUCGCGGCCGAUCUCGACGCCUACGAGUACGCCAUGUGGUUCACGUCGGCGUACAUGAUCACGGCGUCAUCGGUCACCCCGCUGGUCGGCCGCCUGGCCAUGAUCUUCUCGUCGGGCCCCAUGAUUUUGUUCUCGGCCCUUUUCUUCUCUGUCGGCGCCCUCGUCACCUCGCAGGCCCAGAGUUUCGUGGUUUUCAUCCUCGGUCGCGUACUCGUCGGCGUCGGCGCCGGCGGCAUCAUGACCCUCUCCCUCAUCCUCGUCAUCCAGCUCACCUCGAAGCGCCGCAGGGGCCUGUGGGUGGGCCUGACCAAUGCCGGCUUCUCUAUGGGCGUGUCGACCGGCGCUGUCGUCUUUGGCGCCCUGCUGCCCGUGCUGGGCUGGCGAGCCCUGUUCUGGGCCCAGAGCCCCAUUGGUGUCCUCGCCGGCUUUGGCGUCUACUUUAGCAUCCCUCCUAUGGCUGCCCAAGGAGCAUCCAAGGACAUGACAACGCGCCAGAAGCUCGCCCGUCUCGACUACGCCGGCGCAGUCACCCUGACUCUCACUAUCGUGCUCUUUCUGUACGGCCUCUCGGGCACGAUCCAGAUGCUUCCCAUCGCCCUGUCGCUGGUCACGCUCGCCCUCUUCAUCCUGAUUGAGUCGAGCUUCGCGCUGGACCCCAUCAUCCCGCUCACGGUGCUCAAGGACCGCGGCAUCCUGCUGUCGUGCUUCUCGCAGCUGGGCUUCAUGGCCGCGCGCUGGACCGUGCUCUUCUACGCGCCCGUCUUCGUGCUCGCCGUGCGCGGCCUGUCGCCCGCCGUCGCCGGCUCCAUCCUGAUCCCCACUAAUUUGGGCUUCGGGCUCGGCGGGCUCGUAGUCGGCUUCUGGCACAUCCGCCGCGCGGGGUCCUUCUGGGCGCCCUCGCUGGCCGGCCUGCUCUUUUUUGCUCUGUCCGUCUUCGCCCUCUCCUUCGUCGGCACCGCCACCGCCUCCCUCCCGCUGUACGUGCUGGUCGUCUUCGCCAACGGCCUCGCCACCGGCGCCGCCCUCAACUACACGCUGGCUCACCUGCUGCACCUCUCGGCGCCCGAUACGCACUUCAUCGUCACGGGCCUGUUGUCCACCUUCCGCGGCUUCGCCGGCAGCUUCGGCACCGCCAUCGGCGGCGGCAUCUUCGUGCGCAGCCUGCGCGCCGCCCUCGCCGCCGGCUUUGAACGUCUCGACGACGGCCACCUCUCCGACACCCACGCCAAGCUCAUCACCGUCCUCGUCGGCAGUCCCGCCGCCGUCCAGGACAAGGACCUGCUGUCGCCCGCCGAGCGCCUCGUCGCCGUCCACGGCUACGAGCAUGCCCUCCGCAUCCUCUACCACACCACCGCCAUCGUGUGCGUCCUCGUCAUCGCCGUCCAGGCCGGCACCGGCUGGGCCCUGCCGCCCGCGGUCCAUGUGCCCCCGACGCGCGCCGAAGAGGGCGAGAUUGAGGAGGCUAUUCUGGAGCAUGACGGCACCAUGGAGGCUUGA